ACAUUUUAAUCGUAAAGUUUCAUAAUCGCAUCGUUGCACACAGUUUUUCAAAAUGGCCACGCUUGGUCGUCUUGCAUCGCAAAUUAGAAAAAAUUUUAUUAUUACGAAUUAUAACAGAGCUAUAUCGUUAUCUGCGACAGCACGCAUUAAAGAAAUAACCGAAAAGAAGGAUGGAAAUAAUAUAAUUAUUGAAGCUACGAUACGCCCUCAAAAAGAUAAACACUUAUUGAUAAAACCUAAAGACAAAGUUUGUCCUAUAUGUUCCAUCGGUCUUGAUAUUAAACAUACUGAUGUUCUCAUAUUAAGUCAAUUUGUAAGAUCGGACGGAUGUAUGUUACCAAGUAGAAUUACCGGUUUAUGCAACACGCAACAAAAAAGGAUAACUACUAUGGUUGCUAUGGCACAGAAAGCAGGUUUGAUGCCUAAUUUAACUCCAAAAAGAAGUAAAAAAGAUCCUACGAAAAGAUAUCGGUGGAAAAAAUUUAAUACAUAUUUCGAUGAGAAAACUAUUAGAUAUAAGUAUUUAUAAUUAUUAAUAUUAUAAGUACCAAACAGUA